CUUGACAGACGGCUGUAAGAGGAGUGGUAGGAUGUAACGGUGGGUGAGUGGAUGUCUCUUCAUGGUGCACUAGCCUGAAAACGAAUUCCUCAGGUACCCAGGAUUACGGUAUUUGUUGGCAGAGGACACAAUCCCUCAGCCAAUCGUGAGCGUCUUAGCCGGGGCCUGAUUUUUGUCCAGGAGCUCAAGAGGCCGGAAGUCAUCCUGAGGGAGGCGUAUGCGGAGAGAAGCAGCGGCCGCUGUUGGAGGAGGGUGUGACUCUUCAGCUAGUGGACUGUUCUGUAGUGGUAAAGAUAGCAUCUCCUGAAAACACCUGCUGUGUGGCCUGGCUGGCAUAGGUGGUGAAUGAGGUUUGUUCUUUUUAGAGUCCUGUAGAAAUCUGCAGGUAGCUGUUCUCUUUGAACUUGAUUAGGAAAGAGGACCAAAGCUAUUCAUUUGAAUCCAAGGUCCACCUGUGAGUUGGCUAUAGGCCUUAUCAACACCAGAAGCAAGAGAAGAGGAGAAAAUUCCACCAUAUCCGUGCAGGUCUAUCUCCAGUGCUAGCUGUGGUGGCUUUCGAGUGACAGAAGAUCAUCACCUUCAACCUAGUAAAAGAAUAUUAAGACACUGACCCAAGACAUAUUGAGAACCAAGCCCAAGACUGUGUAGAGCUAUCUAUAUAACUGGGCUUCAGCUAUGGCUGGAGCUAAGAGUAGAAGGAAUAGGAAUAGAAAGAAUGAGAAUAAAAAGAAGACAAAAACUGAAAAAAGGGCAGUUGUAGAAGCUGAAGGAAAAAGGGAGGCCACUGAUACAGUCAGAUCAGCUGAAGGAAAGAGGGAGGCUACUGGUGCAGCCAAGACCCAGACCAAAGCUAUAACCAAGGCAGGGCCUCGGGCAGAUGCAGUGGCAGUGGUGAAGGCAGCGUCUAAGAACAAGGUUGUUACUGAGAUGAAAGAACAUCUGCUAGAUGUCCGUCCCAAAGCUGAAGAUGAGGCUGUUAGAGCAGCUCGAUUUUGUUCUGCGGCUCAGGCUACUGCUGAGUCCAGGUUUACAUGUAAAGAUAAGACUCGUAUUAAUACCUGGUUUGGGGCUGGAGAAGAGGCCAAUGUUGGUUCCUGGUUCUGGAAUGGAGAAGAGAUUGGUAAACAUUUCAGUGCUAAAGAUGAAGGUAAAGCUGAUACUGGUCCCCCAUCCUGUGCUAAGUUGGAGCCUCUGGCUGGGACCAGCUGUAAGGCUAGGCUAGGAGCUGAGGAGGAGAAGGAGGAGGAGGAGGAGAACGUUAUUGGGAGCUGGUUUUGGGACGGAGAUGAAACUAGUUUUGAUCCUAACCCUAGACCUGUGAGCAGGAUAAUUAAACCUCAGCCUGUGGAUGAAAUUAAUGAAAAAGAUAGGCCCAAGGACUGGUCUGAGGUAACUAUAUGGCCCAAAGCUCCUGCCGUAACUCCAGCAGUGUUAGGCUUUAGAUCCCAAGUCACAUUUGAGAAAAAGCCGCCUUCAUAUGUUGUCCUGGCCUCUGCUGAGGAAAAUACCCGUUCUUCGCCUGUGGCAACAGCGGCAGCAUGCCCUUCUAGAAGCACUCCCUCUAGCUCACAGCCUGUCUCUGAGUUCCCAUUUGGUUCUGACCCUUGCAUCCAGACCAUAGAGGAAAUUAGGCGCCAAAUCAGGAUCAGGGAGGUGAAUGGGAUUAAGCCAUUUGCUUGCCCUUGCAAGAUGGAAUGCUACAUGGAUUCUGAGGAGUUUGAAAGACUUAUUACCUUACUUAAGUCAACUACUGAUCCUCUCAUUCAUAAAAUAGCUCAAAUUGCAAUGGGGAUCAUUAAUGUUCAUCCAUUUGCUCAAGAGUUCAUUAAUGAGGUGGGUGUAGUGACACUUAUUGAAAGCUUGCUCAGUUUUCCUUCCUCUGAAAUGAGAAAAAAAGCUGUCAUUACCCUGAAUCCCCCCUCUGGGGAUGAAAGACAACGCAAGGUUGAAUUACAUGUUAAGCAUAUGUGUAAAGAAACCAUAUCUUUUCCCUUGAAUUCACCUGGACAGCAGUCUGGAUUAAAGAUACUAGGACAACUGACUACUGAUUCUAACCAUCAUCACAUUGUUGCCAAUUACUUUUCAGAGCUUUUCCAUUUACUGUCCCUCGGAAAUCGUAAAACUAGAAAUCUUGUUUUGAAAGUACUUUUGAAUAUGUCUGAAAAUCCAACUGCAGCCAGAGAUAUGACCAAUACAGAAUCAUUAGCAGCGUUAAAACUCAUCUUUAACCAGAAAGAGGCAAAAGCUAAUCUCGUUAGUGCUGUGGCCAUAUUUAUUAACAUAAAAGAGCAUAUCAGAAAGGGCUCGAUUGUAGUUGUUGAUCACUCCAGUUAUACUACACUCAUGGCCAUUUUCCGUGAAGUUAAAGUGAUCAUUGAAACAAUGUAAGAUGAGCUAGAAAUAAGAGAAUGCUUUGAACAAUCUACACACUCGAAUAGGCUGUCUGUUCCCAAAGAGCCAUGCAUAAUGUUUUCGUUAUUACAGUGUGCAUGUUAUGAAUUACAUCUUUAACACAAUAUUACCUGUGACAGUCUAAGCCUGAGCUAGACCAUUUUGGGGUGUCAGUGUUUCAUUAUGAGUUGAAAACAUCUAACAGUUAUUAUCUUGUGUAGAUGGAGAGCUUUUUAACAUUUUACUUAAAAUAGAAAACUGGUGCAUCAUAAGUAAGCUAAACUUGUUCAUUAGUAUCUGCUUAAAUCCAUUUGCAGCUUCAAAUGAUUAAAAAAGAUAAUAUCCUUGAAUUUAUAAACUAGUUGCAUAAACAAGGCAUAUACACAAAAAGAUAUCUAAUGAUACACAUAUACUCAUGUAUAUAUGUACACAUACAUAUAUGUAUACCAUACAUGCUCAUUGCCAAAUGUGCACUCUCUAUAUAUAAAGGCAGAGUUGCUUGCUACAGGCUGUUUAAUGUAAAAGGAAUUACUGUUUUUCCCCUAUUCUACCUGAAUCAGAUAACUCAUUCUACAACAUACAGAUGGCUCUGAAUCUCAGAUAAAAUGUAAUAUUCAUUUUUGUUUUGAUAACUACAUUUAUAACUCAUUUUUUGGCUAUUUCAUUUAUGUCAAGUCAUACAGAUGAGAAAGGAGGUAGGUGUAGAGAGGAAACAAUUUCCAGAGUACCUACUGUUAAUGUCAGUAACUGUGUAGCACUACAUAUUACAGGUUUCCUCUUUUCAACAAUGGUUCUCUGAGCUACAUACUGGUAUUUUUUUUUAUGAUUAUAACUCAUUGUUUUGGAUCACCUCCAAUGAGAAUUAGGGAGGUUAAAUCAUUUUUCCUAGAUUUACAUGGCAGAUAAGUGGCAUUGCUGUUUUGUCUGAUACCAAACCGACUCUCAUUGCCCCACUACCUUAUAGCCCUCUUCUACUUUUUUGUGUGGCAGGCUUCAAGGCUCACAGAUUGGUUUUAAUGAUUAAAUUUUGCUCUAGGUAAUGCUCCUGCCAGUCUUGCAAUUCUUAACUUCCUCUGAAUGCACAUGUCCAUUAGGCUAAAUCUUGCUGGAGUUAGAAGAAAAGUCUAGGAUGAAUGUGUAUGGAUUUGAACUGGUAGUAUCUGGGAAACAGUUGGUGCCCUAAACAGUUGAAUGGAUAAGAUGUAAAUUUGGAGUCAAAACAACUGAAAUUUGCUGUAUGACCUUAUGGGUUUCAAUCUGUAUGUACUUUCUCCCUCCAAAGAACUAGAAUCAUUCUGUACAUUGUUUCAUACCUUACGUUUUAAAAGAUAAUUGUUUUCUUCCUCCUUGCAAAGCUACCUUAAUUUGUUUACCAUUUGUAAUCUAUUCUCCUGUGAGUCGCAAAGAGUUGGACACGACUGAGCGACUGAACUGAACUGAUCUUUUAUUGGUAGGCAAGCCUACUCUCUGCAUUUAUACAAGCUAAAACUGUACAGGAUAAACUUAAUUGGAGAAAUUUAGGCCCAGGCCUAGAACUGCAGCUUCGUCAACACAAAACAGGAAAGCUAGGAGAGAAGCUGAUGCCUCAGUCUACAUGAUAGUGAUUCCUGAAGGUCUGUGGCCCAGAAAGCAUUUCUAGGACUUUUGGACUAUAGUUCUGUUUUCUAAAACUCAUGGUAGGAAUUAGAACCUCUUAUGUGAGUUGAAGUGAAUGUCUCGGUAUAUAAAAAUAUUGGGUUAUAUACUUUGAGAUUGUUAAACAGUUAAAAUGAAACAGUACCAUACUGUAAAUACUGUUUGUAACUUGCCUUCUCCCUGUCCUCUACUGUCUCUUGUGACCAUCUCUCCGUAUCAAUAAAUAGACUUAUACAAA